AUGGCCUCCAGUACUUCUGCAUCCGUUGAAGCUCGGUCCCAGGCGGAUGAUGACGAUGUUUCCAAUGACUCUUGCCUCCUCGGCCCCUCCGUGGAAGGGGGAAUGCCAGAGAGGCUGGCUGUUCAUUUGAAGGACAAUUUGGUGAAUCUUUCUGCUUUCGAUCAGAGAGACUACCAAGACUGGAAUGUCAUACGGCCGCAGCAGCAAUGGCCGACCUCGACCCCAGACUGGGAAAAGUGGUUGCCGAGGAUGGAGCACUUCUUCGACCAGCAAUGGAAGGCUCAGGGGAUCUACCACCUGAUCAAGCUCUUUGACCGGUCGAUUGUCAUGGAUCAGUCGUUGUUGGCCGCGGCACUCAGUUUCUGGUCCACGUCCACAAAUACAAUGAAUCUACGGUUCGACAUGAUGACGUCGACCGUGCUUGACAUGGCCGCUGUAUUCGGCCUUUCUCCUCUUGGCGUGGAGGUGAAUGCUGCGCUGGUUGCUUCUGAGGCCGUAGGGAGUUUCAAAGCCACGUGGCCCACGCUCACGAGACUGGUUGGGAGCAAGGCGAAGAACAAGCUUAACUACUCUAGCUUCUGCAAUAACUUCGGUGUAGAGAUGGUCUUGGCUUCAACCGCGACCCCCAUCCUCCAGGGCGACAAUCGUGGUGGGGGCGUGAAGGACCUUGGCGCACAGGACCGUGCCAUCCCCUCCACUGCCCUAGGCCAUAAGAGGAGUAGGGAGGCCGCUAUUACCGAAACCACGACUGCUGAGGCCGUGCCAGUGGGGAGUGCCGCGGCCGAAGUGGAGGUGCCAGAGCCACCGAGAAAAAGGGUCCUCCUCAUCCUUUCAGAAGGCGAGGACGAGGAGGAAGUCCUUCCUGUGGCUGGCGUGGCGGUGGAUGCUGAAGUCGUUGCUGCAGAGGCAUCGGUGGUCGAGGAAACCAUUGCCGAGGCGUUGGGUACCGAGGCGGCCGUUAUCAAGGUGGCAAUUGGCGAAGGGAUAGUCACUAAGGCAACAACUGGUGAGGCGGCCGUAGCUGAGGCCACGGCUGGUGAGGCGGAGGCUACAACAGUCGAAAUGGUGGUUGCAGAGGUGCCAAGCUCCGAGGUAGCAGCUGUAGAGGUGCCAAGUGCUGCAGAAUCGACUUUAGCGGCCUUGACCGGGCCCCCAUUUGCGGUAGCAGCCGUGCCUUCGUUGGCUGCCAUGGUCCCAGUCGGGCCGUCGCCGGUCACUCCCCGUCGUCCCAGCUGCAUUGUUAUCCACUUGGUAAGCGUUUAUUUAGCGUGUCAGUCUCCUUUUCUCACUUGGGUUUUUCUAACUUUCGAUUUUCGUUUGCAACCCCCCAGAGCGUCCUUGCCUGUGACUGUGGCCGUUGUCUCGACUGCGGUGGCCAUGACUCAGGAACCAUUGGCCGAGGAUGAUAUUGCGGUCGUUGAGCCCCUGGCCACCGCCACUCCGAUUUUAACUCCAACCGCCUCGGUCAGCAUGUCCAUGCCGCAACCGUCUUUAUCUCUGGAGUCAAAGGUCAUGCCACCAGCCGCUGAGUUGAGUCUCUCCUCGAGCUCGCCACCUCAGAUGACCUCGCCGAAAUGGACGCCAGCCUUCACGAGGAGGGAUGUAGCUCGGUUUCGGACCCUCUAG